AUGGCCCACGUAUCAGAUAUUAAACUGAUAAGAACAGAUACUACACUUGAUCUUAGCCAAAAGGCCGAGAAAGGUAUGCUUUUCAAAGAAGCCCAGAGGCCCAGUUUAUAG